AUGGCCGCCUUGACCAUAGACCCGAUGGAGCAGCCACGGAUGUACCAGCAGACCCUGCUUCAGGAUGGACUCUGUGACCUUUUGGAGAACGACAAGUUUGUGGACUGUGUCCUGAAAAUCAAGGACAGGGAGUUUCCCUGCCACCGACUCGUGCUUGCAGCAAGCAGCCCCUUCUUCAAGGCCAUGUUUCUGUCAGACCUGGAGGAAAGCAAGAAACGGGAGAUAGUCCUCAAAGAUGUGGAGCCAGGCGUUAUGGGGAUGAUCCUGCGGUACUUGUACACCUCUGACAUCAACUUGACAGAACAGAACGUCCAAGAUAUCUUCAUGGUAGCUAAUAUGUACCAGAUCCCCUCCAUCUUCUCUGUAUGUGUGUCCUAUCUCCAAGAGAAGCUGGUGCUGGGCAACUGCUUGGCGAUCCUCAGGCUGGGGCUGCUGCUGGACUGUCCCAGGCUUGCUGUGACAGCAACAGAGUUCAUCUGUGAGCGCUUCCAGGUUAUAAUCAGAGACCAGGACUUCCUCCAGCUUGGCUCAAGUGAAUUAGCCUCCAUCAUCAGUUCAGAUGCCCUUAAUGUCGAGCGGGAAGAAGUGGUGUUUGAAUCCCUAAUGGACUGGGUCGCGUGUGAUGAGAAAGAUCGAAUAAAGGACCUGCCGGAGCUGUUGCACUGUAUUCGUUUCAGGCUGAUGCCCCUGGAUUACUUCAAUGAAAAGGUGGAGCAUCACAAAUUCAUCCGGUCCAACCAGGAGGCCAAGAAGGAGCUGGAGCUCAUCAAGGAUGCACACAGAGGCCGCCUCCCAAAACCCAGGAAACCCAGCAGUGGUAAAGGUGCAGAGGGGGGAAAAGAGAGUAUGGUGGGGGAUGAUGAGGAGGGUUUUCUCCCAGCCAUCCUCAACAAUAACCCUCGGUUUGGGAUGUUUGAGACGGACUUGAUACUUAUGAUCAGUGACACUGGGACUGUGGCCUAUGACCCGGUGGGAAACGAAUGCUUUGUGGCCUCAGAGUCCACAGAAAUCCCCAAGAACCAUUGCAGCUUGGUGACUAAGCAGAACCAGGUGUUUGUGGCCGGAGGACUCCUCUACAAUGAGGAGGACAAAGACGAUCAAUUCAGCUCUUACUUCCUACAGUUUGACCCAGUAAGUUCAGAAUGGCUCGGGAUGCCCUCGCUUCCCAACCCUCGCUGUCUGUUCGGGCUCACUGAGGCAGAGAACUCCAUCUUCGUUGUGGGCGGCAAGGAGCUGAAAGAGGGAGAGCACGUCCUGGACUCAGUCAUGAUCUAUGACAGACAGUCAUUCAAAUGGGGAGAGUCUGACCCUCUGCCUUAUGCGGUAUAUGGCCACGGGACUGUAUCACACAACGGGCGUGUCUAUGUCAUCGGAGGAAAGUCAGAGAGCAAAAAGUGUAUGAGGAGGGUGUGUGUCUACGACCCCACUAAGUUUGAGUGGAAGGACCUGGCACCGAUGAAGACGGCCCGUUCCCUGUUUGGUGUCACGGUCCACGACGGGCAGAUCUUUGUGGUGACGGGGGUCACAGACUCAGGCCUCACCAGCACCGUGGAGGUCUACGACAUUGCCACCAACAAGUGGUCUGAGUUCACAGAGUUCCCUCAGGAGCGCAGUUCCCUCAGUCUGAUCUCCAUGGGAGGCUUCCUGUACGCUGUGGGCGGGUUUGCCAUGAUGCCCAGUGAAACCAGUGAGGAGCCCGUCCCAACAGAGAUGACCGACAUCUGGAGAUAUGAUGAGUCAGAGAAAUGCUGGAAUGGGAUUUUACGAGAGAUUUGCUACGCAGAGGGAGCAACUGUUCUGCCCGUCCGUCUCAAUACUCUACGUCUCACCAAGUUAUAGCUGUGGAGAUUAUGAAAUAACACACAUUAAUUAUUCAGUUCA